AUGGCGGGGGAAGCGGUUUUUGGCUCCCACGUUGCCGGUAAAUCCAACAAACAGGAAUCUGGAAUAGGUUACGUGGCUGCAGGUUUGCGCGAGCUCGUCCAAGUCGGUACUCCGAGGUGUGACCACGCCACAGAGCCGGCCGCGCAAGAGCGAAUUCAUGCGGAUGGCGAGAUGUCUUGUAAUGCCGCCGCCGUGCACCGCGCGUCAGACCGGCAUCGCCGCCUUCGGGAGGGAGGGGCAUUGUGUCUGGCCCCGCCGGACAUGGACCCCGAACAUUCAACCAGCUCUUUCGUCUUUCUGGCUGUCUUAUUCACGAGAGAGGACUCGGAAGCCGGCCAAAGAAGGUUGCGUGGCUGCGGUCCUAUAUCUGGGGGCCGCUAUUGCAGGCCCUUCCCUGCCGGGCAUGUCCCCGACUGGGAUUCAGGGUCUCUCGAAAUCUCGCUCUCGCCGCUGAAACGGAUCUCGACUCGAGUUGAACUUUUUCGAAAACGUCGUUCGAGGCUCUUGCAGUCGCGGCGUGAGGUGUUCGCUCCUAACGGACAGCGUUGCAGCCAGGGCCUGAGAUACGGAUAUCCAUCGUCCAAGUUCUGCCAAAUGAGGAAGCAAACAAAAACACCAAAGAAUCACAGCAGAAGACAACAACUUACAGAAGGUGGGGCGGGAAUGGCGCCUGGUGGCAUACCUUUUUGCCAAGAGAAGCAGCAGCAAGUUAGCAACGAUGACAAGAUUCAGAUAAUGCGACGAACGAACCAACGCAAAGCUGCAGGCUGCAGCGGCCUGAGUUCGUCUCUCCACAAACCCCAUGAGCCAAAAUUCGAGCUCUAG